UAUAAGAUAAAUGAAGAUAUAACUCCGUACGUGCAAACCUCAGUAGAAUCAGCUCACAUCAUGGAAGCGAUAUUCUGCAGAAAUGGCACAGAGACACCUGAACCGGUCAAAGCAGUGGUGUCAGGUGCAAUCCCACCUUGGCUUCAGGGGACACUUCUACGCAAUGGACCUGGCCUUUUCUCCAUUGGGAAAACGUCCUAUAAUCACUGGUUUGAUGGAUUGUCUCUUAUUCACAGUUUCACGUUUAAGCAUGGUGAUGUAUAUUACAGAAGCAAAUUCCUCAGAAGUGAUACUUACAAGAAAAACAUUGCUGCCAACAGGAUCGUGGUGUCAGAAUUUGGGACAAUGGUCUACCCAGAUCCCUGCAAGAAUAUAUUCUCAAAAGCCUUCACAUACCUGCUCAACAGCAUUCCAGAUUUCACAGACAACAACCUUGUGAGCAUUAUAAAAUAUGGAGAUGAUUACUACACAUCAUCGGAAAUAAACUACAUCAACCAAAUCAACCCAGUGACUCUUGACACUAUAGGAAGAGCCAAUUACAGAAACUAUAUUUCCUUGAACUUGGCAACAGCACACCCUCACUAUGAUGAUGAGGGAAAUACCUAUAACAUGGGCACUGCUAUCCUGGCUAUGAGCGGACCCAAAUAUGUCAUCUUCAAGGUGCCUGCUACUACAUCAGAUAUAAAGGACAACGGAAAAACAAACCUUGCACUGAAGAAUCUGCAACAGAUCUGCGCCAUUCCUUUCCGCUCAAAACUCUACCCAAGCUACUACCACAGCUUUGGGAUGACACAGAAUUACAUCAUAUUCGUUGAGCAGCCCUUCAAGCUGGACAUUAUCCGACUGGCCACGGCUUACUUCAGAAGAACCACCUGGGGCAAGUGCCUCUUUUAUGACCAAGAUGAUGUUACUCUGUUCCACAUAAUCAACAGGAAGACUGGGGACGCGGUGAACACUAAGUUCUAUGGGGAUGCGUUAGUGGUUUUCCAUCACAUCAAUGCCUACGAGGAGGACGGCCAUAUAGUGUUUGACCUGAUCUCAUAUAAAGACAGCAGUCUCUAUGACCUUUUCUACAUAGACUACAUGAAGCAGGAGGCACCGAAAUUCACUGAGACGAGUAAGGCUUUUUCUCGACCAGUCUGUCAGCGAUUCGUCAUCCCUCUCAAUGCUGACCUCAAGGGAAAUCCACUGGGCAAGAACCUUGUGAGGCUAGAGGACACAUCAGCUACAGCAGUGUUCCAGAUGGACGGUUCCUUAUACUGUACUCCAGAAACACUGUUUCAGGGUUUAGAGUUACCUUCCAUUAACUACCAAUACAACGGAAAGAAGUACAGAUAUUUCUAUGGCUCGAUGAUGGAUUGGUCACCACAAGCAAACAAGAUCGCAAAAGUGGACGUGGAUACCAAAACACACCUUGAGUGGACAGAAGAGGAUUGCUACCCAUCUGAACCAAAGUUUGUGGCAUCACCGGGCGCUGUGGAUGAGGAUAACGGUGUGAUCCUGUCAUCUGUGGUCUCAGUCAAUCCCAAAAAGUCACCCUUUAUGUUGGUGCUGGAUGCGAAGACCCUCAAGGAGAUCGCUCGUGCCUCAAUUGACGCCACUGUUCACCUGGACCUCCAUGGAAUUUUCAUCCCGCAGGAGACUGAACUAAAAUAAAAUCAAAUUACAUUUCUGGGAAAACGGUUGUUCAUGGUACACACAGGUCCUUGAAAAACCUUUUCACCAAUUUAAGGCCAUAAAAAGUCAUAAAUCAAAUAUGAAAUAUAAAUAGUGGAGUCUUAAAAUCGUCUUAAAUUUUGGAGCGUGAACAGAGGAGACGCUUGAAACAGAAAACAUGGUUUUGGAUGGCAAUUAUUAUGGUAAAUGAAUUGCAUGCUAACAGAGCUGCUAGAGCGGCACGGGAUGCGGUGACGUGGACGUGAAGAAAUGGAGAAAUGUACAUUUUUCAGCAAGUGGCUCGAAAAUAAUCAAUUCUCGGAUCGACUGAAACCAGUAUCAGGAAAUCUUUUGGAUGCCCACUGUAGUAUUUGUAGGAAACGCUUUAAACUUGGCUCUAUGGGUGCUAAAGCCAAGGAAUUGCACCUGCAACGGGAAAAGCACAAGCAAUAUGUGCAAGCUUGUCAGCAAAAUCCUAUUGCUCUCUCUUGCUCCCAGCUACCAUAUACAAGCAACAACUUCCAGCAAUCUGUGGCUCUACGCCAACACACUGAAAGCGGAGGUCAUCUGUGUAUUGCGGACAGUGGCGAAUCAUCACUCAUAUAUUUUUAACAACAUCGACUACUUUAAAAAAAAAAAAAAAAAAAAAAAAAAAAAAAAAAAAAAAAAACCCUUACAAGGGCAGAAAACAAUGGUGCAUUUAUGGUCAUGUUUGAUGAGAAUCUAAACAAAACGACCAAGAACAAGCAACGUGAUCAUUUCUUUAAAAUUAUAGGGCUUAUUAUAGGGAUCAUUUUCUUUAAAAUGUUUUAUCCCUAAAGUUCCUUAUGAAGUUUAAUUCAGUCUUGUCACUGGAUGUGUUGGCCUACACAAUGCAUUUUAAGCAGUUCAACCUGUAUUUUAAUGAAGGAUAUUUGGAAUAAAUAAGCAUAUGUUCUUUGUGUAUGUUCUCUAUCUAUAUGUAUUAACACUAUUUACAAAAGAAUAUACAUAAACGUAUAUUAUAAUAAAAUAAACAUUUUUCCAGAGGCAUCCAAAUAGCCGUAUAGUGGACUUGAUUUGUUAGUACUGAUUUUUGACAUCUUCAGUUUUUAUAAACCGACUUAGAAAUGAUUUAUGUGUUUUUAAACCAUUUUGUCUUAAUUUGUUACAAAACAGAGGGAGAGACAGGAAGUAA